AUGAGCUUUGUUGAUCAUCCAAGCAUGUUGUUGAAACAUGGGAUAUUCCCUGAAUUCCAGGUUGAGUGUCUAAAUCCUAUUAAUGGAGAGGCUUUGGGCAUCACUAAGAUCGAUCAACCCUUAUCACUGGAUGGCUCUCUUAAUGAUGAUCAUGUUGUUGGAUUGCAUCUCUUCAAAACUAAAGGAAUCGAUGUUCCAUCAAGGUCAGUUUCAUUACUUACCUGUCUGGAAAAGGGUAAUGCUUGCUUGAGGUCCAUUCCCGUCGGUGAUGCGCCAGAAAACUCAACUACUGCUUCUCAUAUUACAUGGAAUGUAUGCUCUUCUGGUAAAAUAAUAUGUUCUUCAGUGGAUAAAAGUGAGAAUUAUGCCUUAUUUGGAGGGAAUGGCAUUGAAUUGAACAUGUGGGAUCUUGGAAAAUGCAGUAAGAUCUGGAGUGCAAAAUCUCCUCCUAAUAGACUUGGUAUAUUCUCUCCAACUUGGUUUACUGCUGCAACUUUUCUGAGUGAAGAUGACCAUAGAAAAGUUGUGGCUGGCACGAUCAAUCAUCAGGUUCGUCUUUAUGACACUUCAGCACAGAGGAGACCUAUAAUUUCAGUCGACUUUAGAGAAUCUCCAAUUAAAGCAGUUUGUGAAGAUCUAGAUGGCUAUACAGUCUAUAUAGGCAAUGGUUCUGGGGAUCUUGCUUCAUUUGAUAUGAGAACAGGAAAACUGAUGGGAUGCUUUAUUGGUAAGUGCUCUGGAAGCAUCAGAUCUAUAGCGAGACAUCCAGAACUUCCCGUGAUAGCAUCUUGUGGAUUGGACAGCUCUUUGCGUGUGUGGGAUGCAAAGACGAGACAACUUCUAUCUGCGGUUUUCCUCAAGCAACAUCUAACAAAUGUGGUGAUCGAUUCAAAUUUCUCAGACGAAGGUGAAAGCUAAUGAAGGGGAGGGCUCGGAACUGCUUCGUAGUGCAUCUGACAGCAGUAGCAGUGGGCAUGCGGAAUCACUCGCUGCAACUCUUGCAGAACAUCGCCAACAUUUAGUUUGCAUACAGGUCUAGUGAUACCAGGAUAACACUAAUCAUUUACGGGCUAGUCCUCCCUGUAAAAUUUCAGACCUUUAUCCCUUUACUUUUAUGAUAAUCCUUUUACUAAUUCAUGGGCAAUUCUAUUUUUCA